AUGCCCAAGCGGGGCUGCCCCUUCGCGGAUGCGGCCCCGCUGCAGCUCAAAGUGCGUGUCGGCCAGAGAGAGCUGAGUCGCGGCGUGUGCGCCGAGCGCCUCACGCGAGAGAUUUUCGAGAAGACCACACAGCUCCUCUUCCGUGGGGCCCAGGCCUGCAUGGACCCUGCGUGGGAGGAAGGCUGCGCCAUCGUCCACACGCCGGAAUCCCCGAGGCCCGGCCCCACAGAAGCCCCUCGGGCCGCGCGCGGGCAGAUGCUGAUUGGGCCCGACGGCCGGCUGACCCGAAGUCGGGCGCAGGCCUCCGAGGCUGACCCGGCUGGGGCGGCGUCAGGAGCCUGCUCGUCGUGCGUGCGGGCCGUGGACGGGAAGGCGGCGUGCGGCCAGUGCGAGCGGGCCCUGUGUGCGCGCUGCGUGCGCACCUGCUGCAGCUGCGGAGCCGUGGCCUGCGCCCUGUGCGCCCACGUGGACUGCGGGGGCGACCUUCACGAGCGAGUGCUGUGCUCCGGCUGCGCCGUGUUCGAGGCCUGA